AUGCACUUAAUACAAAACAAGACAUUGAUAAAGGGUGGUUAUGUGAUUUUAAAAAAACGUCAUAGUUUACAUCAGUUUAAGAAGCAAGAUGAAGCUGCAAGUGUACCUUCUACUGAAUCAAUAGCAAAUGAUUGUAUUGCUUUACAACAAUUUCUUGCGUCUUAUAAUUCUGAAAAUAUUUGGAAUAGUAAUGAAACUGAUCUUAACGCAUAUGAAUAUAUAUAUAUUGAGGAUAAAAUACCAGAGGGUGGACUUACUGAUGACAAAAUUGUUGAUAUAGUUUUAAAUACAAAUAAAGAAGGAGAAAAUAUGAACGAAAUUGAAUUUAUAUCUAUAUUGGAAAAAGUUAGUCUAAUAGAAGCUGAAAAAUUUAUAAGUGAAACUAUGAGAUUUUUAUAUGAACAAGAAUGCAAAUUUGGUAAAGUUAGCGAAGAAUUAAAGGUUUUAAGGAAAUUACAUAAAUGA